CAUGAAUUGUCUGGUCACUGCAGCCCACAGUCUAUCGGUGCCCUCUGUUGCUUUCCCCCGCGACUAAAUUUACCAGGACUUGUUGUCUCCAUUCGCCAUUCAUGACAUUCUUGCGGUGCUGAGAUUUACAGUCUGCAGUUUGAUGUAGUGAACAUAGGGGGCGCUGCGUCGCCAUUUUUGUGCCCCACACUCACACGCACAGCAUGCAUUUUCGGCUAGACCAGUGAGUGUACAAGUGUUUGAAGACAACCAUGGAGAGGUGGAGGCAGACGUCGGGGUUUCUUUGUUGUUUUGAACUAAAGUAAACGCAACUAUGACGAGAUUCUCCGCGAACGGUUUAAACCAGUAUCCCCAAUGCACUCGGAAAAAGGAAGGGACCUUCUUCAGGAUGACUUGCCCGGCUGCCCGAUUCUGAGCCCUGCGUCGUCGCACAGGUGUCCGGCUGCAGGGGAGAAUGAGCGUCAGGAUCCGCAGUCGCCAUGCCGACCUGGGAGGCCACUUCAAUGAGGACGCCCCGCGCCCGCCCGUGCCGGGCAUGGAGGGCGACACGAUGGCAUCGCCACUGGCCACCCACGGCCGCCCGCUGUGCCACCACAGCUUCUACCCAACCAAAGGAGGAGGUGGAGGCGGGGGCAACGGUGGUGGCAGCUUUGGCGGAGACUCUUACCGUGGACUUCACGAUGGCUCGGUGUCGGUGGCGACGCCAAGGCGCUCGGACUUGGACCUGGGCUACGAGCCCGAGGGCAGCGCGUCGCCCACGCCGCCGUACCUCCGCUGGGCCGAGUCGCUCCACUCGCUGCUGGACGACGAGGACGGCAUCCAGCUCUUCCGGGCCUUCCUCUGCCAGGAGAGCUGCGGCGACCUCCUGGACUUCUGGUUCGCCUGCAGCGGCUUCCGGAAACUCCCGGGCAGCAGCCAGCCCGCCGGCAUGGACGGUGGGGCUGGCGGCGGCGAAAGCGGCAAGCGGUUAAAGCUGGCCAAGGCCAUCUACCGGAAGUACAUUGCCGACGGGAGCGUGAGCGUAGCGGCGCGCCAGAUCAAGCCGGCCACGCGGACGUUCAUACGAGACUGCGUGUCGCGGGCGCAGCUGGACGCGGCGCUCUUCGACCAGGCGCAGACGGAGGUGCAGGCGUGGAUGGAGGAGAACACGUACCCGCUCUUCCUCAAGUCCGACGUCUACCUCAAGCAUGCCCGCGAGCACGGCAGCUCGGCGUCGCUGCCAGCGGUUGCCGCGUCGUCGUCAGGGGCGGCGGCGGCAGCCAGUCCUCUGUUGCCGGGAUACCUGCCCACGCUGAUGGAGGAUAAGGAGUGGGAGCGGACGGAGCGGGAGGGUUCUGAGGCGGACUUGGCCCCCGUCAACAGGCUGACGCGGGAGCUGCUCAUGGAGACCGCCCCGCACCGCGCCACCGGCAGGAAACCGCAGGACGGGAGGGAGUUCAGACACGUGCCGUGGAGGGAGCCGGUGAACCCGUACUACGUGAACACGGGCUACGCCCGAGCACCAGCCACCAGCGCCAACGACUCCGAGCAGCAGAGCAUGUCCAGCGACGCCGACACCAUCUCACUCACCGACAGCAGCGUUGAUGGUAUCCCUCCUUACCGCUACCGUAAGCACCACCGCAAAGAGAUGCAGGAAAGUGCCAAAGUAAAUGGCCGCGUGCCACUACCUCAUAUACCACGCACGCACAGGCUGCCGAAAGACGUGCACGUGGAGCCGGAGAAGUUCGCCCUGGAGCUCAUCAGCCGCCUGGAGUCGGUGCAGCGGGAGCGCGAGGCCCAGGAGAGACUCGAGGAGAGGCUCCGCAGAGUCCGCAUGGAGGAGGAGGGCGAUGACGCCGACGUCUCCGUGGUGACCUCCGUCCCCUCGUACAGCGGCGGUGGCGUUGCGGAGGACGACGCCGAGCGCAUCCUGGACGAGCACGUGCAGCGCGUCAUGAAGACGCCGGGCUGCCACUCCCCGCGCUCCCGCCACACGCCCACGCCCACGCGCACCCCGCACGCCUACCACACGCCCCCAGUCAAGCACCCGUACCACGCGCACCCGCUCACGCACCUGGCGGAGCACGAGGCCGGCUGGAACGGAGACGCGCAUCACUACGGCAGCAGCCGGGGGCGUAGCUAUGGCGACGGGGUCGGCGCAGGGCCGGCAGAGUUGAUGGGCUACGGGAGUAAGGGCAGCACCCUGUCGAGGCGGGGGCUGAAGCCCAAGGUGGAGGUGCUGAAGAGUGAGGAGGGCCGUGGGCUGGACGGGCGGGGUGUGGAGCCGCCGGUGCCCGUGGAGGAGAAGAUCAUGCAGUGGAUGAUGGAGGGGGAGAGCAGCCGCCACAAGAAGAGCUCCUACAGUGGUUCCGGAAGCUUCAAGCGCUCCCAGGCUGUGGACUUGUGCCGACCGGGCCCGGGUCCUCUGGACCGCUCCGGCGUCGUGAGUGGCGUUGUUGGCCUCGGUGCGGGCGGAGUCCCGAUGGUGCCUCACGGCUGGUCGGGCGGCGCGGGCGGCGCGGGCCCCCUGAGGGGGGUGCAGCCCUCGCACCCCUUCAUCCAGGACCCCACCAUGCCGCCCAACCCCGCGCCCAACCCCCUCACCCAGCUGGAGGAGGCGCGGCGCCGCCUGGAGGAGGAGCGCAGGAGGAGCGCCGCCCUGCAGGCCAAGCAGAGACACAAAUCUGCCAAGAGGCCCCUGUGUGAGAAUGUGACGGUGGCAUACUACUUCUGUGGCGAGCCCAUCCCGUACCGGACAUCCGUUAAGGGCAGAGUGGUCACACUGGGGCAGUUUAAGGAGCUGCUGACCAAGAAGGGGGCCUACAGGUUCUACUUCAAGAAGGUGAGCGAUGAGUUCGACUGCGGGGUGGUGUUCGAGGAGGUGCGCGAGGACGACGCCAUCCUGCCCAUCUUUGAAGAGCGCAUCAUCGGCAAGGUGGAGAAGAUCGACUGAGAGGAGGAAGAGAAGGGAAGACGGACAGACACGGAGGAAGGAGAGAAGGAGAAGGGAGAGAAUCUGAACUGCCCAGUGGGAGGAAAGGUGUGUGUGUGUGUGUGUGUGAGAGAGUGUGUGUGUGUGAGUGUGCGUGCGUGUGAGUGAGUGCGUGCGUGAGUGAGUGUGUGUGUGAGCGUGUGUGUAAGUGUGUAUCUGUCACAAGCCUUACCUGGAGAGACAUGACGCAUAAUUCAUUUGAAUGUCGAGGGGGGUGAACACAACACAAUUACCCGUUUCUACACACGACUGCGGAGCCACUCUGUGGCCAAACCCAGAGACUUCCAUCACUUCAUCCAGCUGUCUUCCACUGCGUGCCCCAACAACACGCCCACCCUUCCUUUCUGCAGUGUCUCUCAUUCAGUGGUGUGUGUGUGUGGCUGGUACACCUCACUGUAUCCAGUGGUGCUCCUUCUCUCGAGUUCCCCCUGGAAACAAUGAAAAUGGUGGAAAGAGAGAAGUUCCGCUUCUCUGAACUCCUUUUUUUUUUUUUUUUUUUUACUGUAACCUCAGUUGAAAAAAAAAGUGCUUUUUCAUAGUGAAUUAAAACACACACACACACACACACACACACACACACUCAAAAACAAAGGACUGCUCUUAAUCCCAUGUUUACCUAAGCUGGUAUUUUUGAUACAGUUCCAUAAAGACGGACAGAAUCCCCAUGACGGGUAAUAUUUGAAACUUUUAUUUUCCCCUUUCUUGUUGAAAGGGGCGAGGAUGCCUUGUACAGGUACCAGUGAAUAGGCUCUGUUUUUACAUUAAGUGCAUCAAGGCUGAAAGUACUUGGCCAGAACAGUGUACCAAUAGCUGUGUGUGUGUGUGUGUGUGUGUGUGUGUGUGUGUGUG